AUGGCUUCCACGCACUCCUCCACCUCUGCCAAAGACUACGGAUCGUUCAAGCUUCUUCAAUCUUUUCCCAUCGAGUACGCACCAGUGACAGUAUCCAAAUGGAGGAGCGAGAAGACAGGUCUGACCGUCGUGCUAGGUAGUCAUCAGGCACCAGUCACCAAUGGUUAUUUCGCUAUCGCCUCUGAGAUCUUCGAUGAUACCGGUCGGCCACAUACUUUGGAGCAUUUGAUAUUCUUGGGAUCGAAAAAGUAUCCAUAUAAAGGUGUUUUAGACUCAUUGGCCAAUAGAGCAGGAAGCAACGGUACCAACGCCUGGACUGCGAAUGAUCAUACGGCUUAUACGAUAGCUACAGCGGGGAGCGAAGGAUUCCUCAAGAUGUUACCUGUCUAUGUCGAUCAUAUUCUACAUCCAACAAUAGAUGAUGCAGGAUUUGUGACGGAAGUGUACCAUAUCAAUGGUGCCGGAGAGGAUUCAGGUGUGGUGUAUAGUGAAAUGCAAGGAAGGGAGAAUACCUCAUAUGAUCUUAUGGCUUUAGAGAUCCAGAGAACCCUCUACCCUCCUACAUCAGCUUAUCGAAGCGAGACAGGAGGUCUUUUGCACAAGUUGCGAGUGUUGACCGCUCAACAGAUCAGAGAUUAUCAUGCAAGGUAUUAUCAGCCUUAUAACCUAUGCCUUGUCAUUGACGGUGCUGUCUCCCCGGAAGAGUUAUUCAGAGUAUUGAAUGAACAAGUAGACCCUCUGAUCUUGGAACAACGAAACAAUCAACCCAAAAUCACUCCUCCAGAAGAUUGGCAAAGACCUUUCGUGGAAACUACAACAUCUCAUAGACUCAGUAUACCGGAAUCAGUGACGAAAGUAGUUGAAUUCAUGGAAGAAGAUGAAUCAGUUGGGGAAGUAAUAUUAACCUAUUUGGGUCCACCACCAAUAGACUAUUUUACAAAUACCGCAUUGAAGCUCUUGGGGAAUUACCUCACCUCAACAGCUACUUCACCAUUAUCAAAGGAAUUUAUCGAAAUCUCAAAACCUCUAUGUACUUCAAUAAGUUUCGAUUCUGCUGAUAGGGUCAACCAUAACGAACUUCAAGUUGGUAUCACCGAUGUUCCUGCCAAACAUCUGAAUUCUAUCGGUGAUGAUAUCAAAACGAAAUUGAUGAAGAUUGUAAAAGAAGAAGGUAUAGAUAUGGAGAGAAUGAAAAGGAUUUUGAGGAAAGAUAAGAGGAAACUGUUGGAUUACAUGGAAAGUAGAGCUACAGAUGUCCUGGCUGACGUUGUCAUUGGAGACUUCUUGUACGGCGAAAAGAAUGGUAAAGACCUUCCGGUAGCGUUUGAAGACCUGAAAGAAUACAAGGUACUUGAGUCGUGGAAAGCUGAAGAUUGGAUAUCCCUCCUCGACCAAUACUAUGUUGCAGCCCCUUCUAUCACAGUGAUUGGCAAACCCUCGGCGGCGUUAUCAGAGAAAAUUGAGAAAGAUGAAAAGGAGCGAGUUGAGAAGAGGAAAGCUGAAUUGGGCGAGGAGAAGCUCAAAGAGCUUGAAAAGAGAGUGGAAGAUGCCAAAAAGCAAAGUGAUGUUCCACCUCCAACAGAGAUGAUUUCAGGUUUCCCUAUAACCGAUCCUGCUGGUAUUACUUGGGUGCCUGUCGAAACCGCUAUCAAUAACGCGAAGGGACAAGACUUGAAGGUCGAUCAAGGAGAAGUCCAAAAGUAUAUAGAUGCAGAUGGUGCGGAGUUACCUUACCAAGCUCAUUUCUCACACGUCAAGUCCAAUUUCGUCAUCGUCUCCGCUCUUUUCGAUACCUUUGGACUACCCACGCAUCUUGCCCCAUACCUUAACCUCUUGAUCAGCUCCAUCUUCAGCCUCGGUGUCAACCGGGCAGAUGGUACUCAGCUUUCACAUGAGCAGGUUGUAGAUCAGCUGAACGACUUGACGAUAUGGCAGCAAGCUUGCUUCGAAUUCAGAGGAGGGUUUGCCGAAGUGCUUUGUGUUCAUUUCAAGGUUGAGACUAAGCGAUACGAAGAGGCAGUAGCAUGGAUCAGGGAUCUCAUGACUGGUGUAAUCUUUGACAAGGAGCGACUGUCCGUCAUAGUCGCGAGGCUUCUCCAAGAGCUUCCUCAAGAGAAGAGAGAUGGAUCUGAAGUAGCGGUUGCAUGGGCUAAUAGAUUAGCAUAUGACGAAACCAUUUCAUCUGCUCAGAAAUGUGAACUUUUAAGCAGGCUUGAGUUUAUACCUAAAGCGGCGGAAUUGUUGGAAAAGGAGCCAGAGACCGUCAUCAAGGCUUUAGAGGAGUUGAGAUCCAAACUGAUCGAUCCUAGCAAGAUCCGAGUAUCAGUUCGGGGUGAUGUGUUAGGUCUGGAUAAACCGAGAUCAGUAUUCGAAAGGUCGUUCCUUCCUUUCAAGGAGGCCAAACCCCUCGCUCCCAUCUCCACGUCAGGUCAAACCCUCUCUGAACUCGGUAAGAACCCAUCAAAGAAGUGCAUCAUCGUACCCAUGCCAGCGAUCGAAGGGUCCUACUCUCAGCAUUACGCCAAAGGUCCAUCGGGAUUCGAUAAUUCCGAUUUACCAGCUUUGAGAUUGGCCGCUUCGGUCUUGAACGCGAUGGAAAGUUAUUUGUGGAAAUCCAUUAGAGGAAGUGGUUUGGCUUAUGGUGCCCAUGUUGCUGUUUAUCCCGAACCCGGAUUGGUCGGGUUCACAGUAUACAGGAGUCCAAAUGCUAUGUUGGCUUAUGAAGCUGCUGGGAAGAUCAUGCAAGGUUUAGUCGAUGGUAGUAUCAAAUUAGAUCAAGAUAUAGUAGACGGUUGUCGAUCAAGUAUGACGUACGAUUUCGCUCGACGAUCCGAAACAGUCCUCGACGCAGCUUCCACGGCGUACCUGAAUGAAGUUCUAAAAGGUAUAGGAAAGAACCACGAUCAAGAAUUCUUGAAGAAAUUACCUUCGAUCACAUUGGAUGAUAUCAAGAAUGCGAUUGAGAAGUACUUCCUACCCCUGUUCAAGCCUGAGACAGCUAUGGGAGCUGUAAGUGUUUCUUCGUCAAAGGCGAAAGAGGUAGAAGAAGGGUUUAGCAAAUUGGGAUUCGAGGUGGAGAAAAGAGAGUUGCCUGUACUGAAGGGUGACGAAGAUGAGGAUGGGGAUAUCGAGAUGGGCGAAGAAAAUGGAAGUGGAAGUGAGAGUGAGAGUGAAGGAACAGAAGAAAAACAGUGA